GAUAUAUUAUAUUACCAUAGGCUUCAAGCAUAAUAUAACAAAUAAUAUGCUAAUAUACUAAUAAAAUAAUAUUAUAGAUCAUAGAUGGAUGUGAAUGAAGCGCGUGCUUAACCCUCCCUUCAGCAUAUCCUGAGAUGUGAUGGCGCUCGGCUCUAAAAUGAUCAUCACGCAUCCGUCUGUAUUCGUCUGAGAAAGCAUCUCUUGCGCGCAAGGGGUUAAACUUAAAGUCGUACAGUACCAUCUCACUAUCAUCUUACUAUAAUCUCAAUGGUCGAAUUCGAUAGUCUACCGAUCAUGAACUACGGGUCCCAAGGAAUUAAAUCGUAAAACAAUCGUAACCUCCUACUUACAUAGUAGACCCCUGAUCAGCUCGACCCUGUCUACGCAUCAAAUGAUCCACUCCGGCCCCCGCCCUCCACCACUCACAAACGUGGAAUAUCUCACUCUGGCGAAGAAUGUUUCGACGAAACUCGAAGCUGGAGCAGGUCCUGUCGUUGCUGACACGUCCGUUGUUGUGUCAGACUGUAUUAGGUCAACCACUAGUGCGCAAGCUUCUUGGAAUCUGGAUACUUCUCGGAGUAGGCGAGAUUAUCUCAAGUGUAGGUAGUCGGAAAUCGGCAAGCCAAGGAAGGAUUAGCGAGCGUUACCAAGCGUAGUAGUCCGCAACUUACUACCUUAGGUAGGUUAGGUAGGUAUUCUACAAUGUAUGUACACAUCUGUUAAGUACCUACCUCCUAAUGUAUCCAUAUUGGAUUGUAUUGUACCGUUAUAGGUACAGCGCAACGGUGAGGUGAGACUGUGCCCAUCUAGAUACUGUAUGAAACCCCCCCGACUUAGGGGAGCAGCU